AUGGAGGGGGAGAAACUCCUGGCGGCAAGAGCAGAGGCAGCCGCAAAAGCCGCUGCAGCGGUCAAAAGAGGUCGCAGACGUCUGUUUCCCAGCGGAAUGGCUCAUGGGCGCAGGCGCAUCUUCGCGUAUUGCUGCAAAGAGACGAUUGGCGAGGCGUGCUGCUGCAGCGCAUGCAAGCCGGUGGCUCUGGUAGCUUUGCAUGCGGCAGGAACGGGUGGAGAGUGUGGAGCUGGGAGCAGCAGCAGCAGCAGCAGCAGCAGCAGCAAGCGAGAAAUGCAAGGAUUUUCUUAUGACCAGCGGCUGGAAGGCCGCGAGCUCACGAGGAGUCGAUACAGCCGGAGAGCCCCUUCGUCUUCUGCUUGCGCAGCAGCAGCAGGGGAUGCGUGGAGCAGCCAGAGUAGCGACGCGGAAGAAGAAGACUGCCGGGUGGAUGGCAAAGGAAAGGGCAAGGGCAAGAAGGAACAGGCGCCUCUAAGCAGCAGCAGGCGCUUCUCUUCGAAUGGCAUGCGUCGUGCAGGAGCCAGCGACAGCGCCCUUAAGGCUUCCCGUCAUUUGAGUCCUUCAAGCGCUGCGAAGGGGGCAGCGGAUGCUCCUGGAGCAGCCAAGAGACUACUCCCCCUUGAGGGUGGCGUCCACCGCGAGAGGCAGUCACUCGACUGCCCCGGAGUGCGGCAGCAUGAGCGUCACGAGCCGUCAUUCGACGCCUUACAGCGAGCAGCAAGGCGAGGCGACCACGGAGCAGCGCGGGGAGGUUCGUUGGGGGUACAGCGAGUGGGGGGGGAGUCGGCUCCAACCGCCCGCGCCCUUGAUGCAGUCGAAAGCGAAGCUCUCGAACGCGCCUCAAGAGCAUCCCCUGGCGCAUGCAUGCGGCCUUGGUGGCUUUAG